UUCACGUUUCCCUGUCGGUCGGCCAUUUUUGAUUUGUAUUUGGACCCCGGUUCCGUUCGUUUCGCUCUGACAAACAGGUUUUAUUUCCCAAAAAACAACGGAUAACCACAGAAGAUAAGCCUCGAAACGUAAUCGUCGUUGUUGUGGAGAAGAAAAAGACGUAUAACUCUUAUAAACAAGGAGUUUUUGUAAGCUGUCCGUCAUGAAUCCUGAAUAUGACUACCUGUUUAAACUUCUUCUGAUCGGAGAUUCGGGUGUUGGGAAGUCUUGCCUUCUGUUACGUUUUGCUGACGACACAUAUACAGAGAGCUAUAUCAGCACAAUCGGAGUGGACUUCAAAAUCAGGACGAUAGAACUGGAUGGAAAGACCAUCAAACUACAGAUCUGGGACACUGCAGGCCAGGAGCGAUUUCGUACCAUCACGUCCAGCUACUACAGGGGAGCCCAUGGGAUCAUUGUUGUUUACGAUGUGACGGAUCAGGAGUCCUUUAAUAACGUCAAACAGUGGCUUCAGGAGAUCGAUCGCUAUGCUAGUGAAAAUGUCAACAAACUCUUGGUGGGAAACAAAUGUGAUCUGACCACAAAAAAAGUUGUGGACUACACAACAGCGAAGGAGUUUGCAGACACUCUGAGCAUCCCGUUCCUCGAGACGAGUGCAAAGAGCUCCACUAAUGUAGAGCAGGCCUUCAUGACCAUGGCGGCUGAGAUCAAGAAGAGAAUGGGACCCGGGGCCACAGCAGGAGGGGCGGACAAAUCCAACGUCAACUUUCAGAGCACGCCAGUGAAAUCGUCCGCUGGAGGGUGCUGCUGAGGCCCUGAUGAUUUAUAAGCAAACAGAUGUCCCAAUAACAUCACCGAAACAACAGUAACAUUACCUACCGUAUACUAGAGCUGAUUGAGCAGGUGCGUGCGUUGUGCAUUUGUAUGUGUGUGUGUGUGUGUGUGUGUGUGUGUGUGUGUGUGAGAGAGAGAGAGAGAGUGUGAGUAAGUGUGUGUGUGUGAGAAUUAAGGACUAAGAAAUGUAAUGAUAAUAAGAGGAUCAAAUUAAACAUUGCCUGAUAUUGUAUCAUGCAUGCAAAUAGCUGCAUGACCAAACAAACACUUUCCCAACUGUUUCAUACUAAAAUCUGUGACAGAACCUCAAUUGUUGGGGUUAAACGUCUUAAAUUCUUUAGGUCCAUUUAAACAAAAUUCCAGCACUUCGGACGAUGAUGUCCCAUUAUUAAUAUUUUUUUAAAGGACCACAGCUAGAUUUGGCUUUGAACUUCCUCAUCUGACCUAUCAGCAGAGGAGUGGACUGUGAGGUCAUGAUUGACUUUUAAAUUGUGGGUUCCGUUACUGUGGAUCCCAGUGCGGUUGCUACGGUGACCGCUUCCUCAGCUUCUGCCUUCAGUUUGGUGGAUCAUUUGCCCAUUUGGGCAUUCGUUGUUUAUCAUUUGCAUUAUAUUUUAGUUGGGCUUUUUAGCAUUUCAAGAUAUUGGUCCUCUGAACGCGGCGGAUUUUGUGUAAUAAUUAAAAAAAUAUUAUGAACCAAAACUUGACACACCAGCUGCCCAUUUAAAGUUAUUUAGAAGUCAAAUCUAGCAGUUGCUUUUGCAGAUACUAUGUAAUAUAAAUAUAUAUAUGAUGUAUAUUGGACUUUAAAAAAACUGUCAGCAUUUGUUUACCAACAGCACAAGAGCGUCACUGUAACACCAAUGCAGGCACUAUAUCAGAUUAAUGUAUAAAUGUAUCUACGGUAUAUAAAUGUAAUCACUCACGUGCUGAUUUACAUUGAGUGACAAAUGACAGUAAAACAAAAAGUCACGGAGAAUAGUUAAAUAUGUAAAAAAAAAUUAUGUUUUCAAAGCUAAAAUAUUGCUUUUCUCUUGUAUUUUUUGUUUUCUUUUAUGUCACACAAUGUUUAAACUAUGAAGGAAAUGUUUAAUAAAAAUGGUUUUAACUGGAA